GCUGCACAGGGCUGGAGGAGCUGCUGGAAUUGAACCAGCCUUUCUGGAGUUUCAGGACACCCUUUCAGCCCAGCGUCGCUGACCCUGGAGCGCAGCGUCCAAUCCAAAGAGUCAACGAGAAGCUGGACGCUGGAAUCUCGCUCUUCCUCACCCGCCUCUCCCCGUACUUCCUCCUCAAACCGCUCACAAGUGCAUCGAGUGGGUUCACCGAUGUUUCUUCUUGUUGUUACAGUUUCCACAUCCAGCUGUAUAACGUGGACAGCCUGCUGGCCUGCGUGUUGCCGUAUCACGACACCAACGUGUUCGUCAGAGUCCUGCAGCUCCUCAAGAUCAAAGACGCCACAAACCGCUGGAGCUGGCUGCACUGCCUGCAGAAACCAGGCGUGCCGCUGUCCAGAGGAGCUCUGAUCACUCACUGCUACUCAGACCUGAGCUUCAUGGACUUCAUCUGCACCAUGGUCACCAAGGCCAUCCAGGCGUAUUCGGGCCGCUCAGGAAGUUGCUCCCAGCUCAGAGUGAUCUUCUCGUUCUACGCCUCCACCAUCGUCCCCGCUCUGGACGCUGUGGACAAAGUGUCCGACGCCAUCAUCUCCAAACUGCUGCCUUACGUUCAGAAGGGUCUGAAGUCGUCUCUGAGCGACUACAAAGCGGCGACCUACAUGAUCGUGUGUCAGCUGGCCGUGAAGGUGGUCAUGGAGGCGAGUCUGGUCGAUACACUCGCCGUGCACGUCAGCAGGUCUCUGCUCAAAGAGCCCGUACUCGCUCCAGAGGGGCUCGGCUGCCUCGUGGUGCUGCUGCAGAACCAGAAGGAGGAUGCCACCGGGCCCAGAGCGUUCAGCCGGCUCAGCUCCAUGCCCGCGCUCGUCUCCACGCUCCAGGUCAUGGCGGCGACUCAUGACGUCACUCCUCUGCUGCGCUACCUGCUGCCUCACCUGGUCCAAGCGGUGUUCACCUGCAGCUCAGGUGAGACGGAGACAGACGAGCUCACCGUGUUGGAGGCGCUCCUGCAGGCCGUCCCUCUGACCAAAGGCCUGGACCAAACUGUGGCUCG